CCAACCGCCAGCGCUUUGAUCCGACCGGGAUCGUGACCCCCUAGUCUGCAGUCUAUGUCCUGUCUUGUGGUCGCUGCUAUGCUUCAUGCGUCCUAGCGGGUCCGUUGUGCGAACUUGUGUCGGUUCGCAGCGAUACAAGUGGGCGAUGGGCGCGAAGAAUUCUCGCUCGGCGCCCGCUGUGCCUGCGGCCGCGGCGCAAGCAAUUAAAGCACCGACGGGUAUCGUCACUAUCGAGUCAAAUGAGCUCGUGGCCGCCCCGACCAGCCGCACGGCCCCUGCGGACGACGAGCGAGCUCUGUCGACUGGCGACCAGUGUUUGCUGGGCCUGAGUGACGUGUGUGCUCAGCUGCUGCUGGAGGAGGCGCUGAGUGCUGAGCUGCUGCGGGCCGCACUGGCGGAGGCGCUGGCGGCCGUGCCGUGGUUUGCAGGCCGACUGGUGCUGCGGCAGUCCGGCGCCUUUGAUGUGUCCUGCUGCAACAGCGGCGCCCGGCUGGUGAUCGCAGCCACCUCCGCCAGCCUUCAGCAGGUGGAGGCAGACAUCACGCCUCCCAAACCUCCCCUGAGGUCUCGUGCCGCUGCCGCCACUGCUACUGCCGCCGCUGCCACGGCCGCUGAUGGAGCUGCUACAGCCGCCGCUGCUACAGCCGCCGCUGCAGCGGGCGGGUUCGCAGCUUGCCCGGGUGACCGCAGCGGCAUGGCUGGCGGAAGCGGUGCUAACCCGUGGGUGUGGCAGGAGUUUGCGAUGCCGCGAGACCCCAUGGCCAUUGUGCAGGACAAGCUUCCCCUGGCCUCCGUGUACCUGCUGCACCUGCGCGGCGGCGGCUGCGUGCUGACGCUCACAGCCUACCACGGCAUGGCCGACUUUGAGUCGCUGCAGACCUUUGCCGCGCACCUCUCGGCCGCCUACAACAGACAGCUACAGCUAACCGGGGAGGAGAGGGCGCAGAAGCCGCCGGCUGCAGCGCCGCCGCUGACUGAGGCCCCGGCGCCGCCUCCAGGGCUGUCAGUGGAGCAGCGGAACCAGCAGCAGCGAGGUCAGAAACAGGAGGUGGUUGUGGCUGUGGCGUCGACUGCGGCAGCAGUAGCAGGGCCUGCCGCAGCUGCUGCUACUGCCGCCCCGCAUGCGCCGCCAGGGGUGCUGGUGGAGGUUCAGGUGGCGUCGCGUUCCGGCAGCGCAGCCGACCUGCUGCUACAGCCGCCGCAGCAGCCCGUGCUACAGCCACAGCUGCCGCUACAGCUGCUACAGCCGCCGGAGGCGCGGCGCAGCCCCCGCUAUGACCCGGGUGCAUUGGAGGCGCUGGCGGCGGCGGAGCUGCCGCCCGGCGUGCCGCCGCGUGAGCGCACGUUCGCGCCGAGCGCCGCCGAGCUGGGGGAGGCGAUGCAGCGGAUGACGCACGAGGUGGCUGUCCGCGGCGGCGGCAAGGAGCGCCGACUGUUUCACGUGCCCGCCGCCCGCGUGGCCGAGCUCAAGGCCCAGGCGACUGCGGAGCUGGCGCAGGAGAGGGAGCGCGCAACCGCGGCGGCGGCGGCGGCGGCGGCAGACCCCAGCGGCGGCGAUGACGAGGAGCGGCAGCAGCUGCAGAUGCUGAGGGACGUGGAGUUCGUGUCUACCAAGGACGCGUUCGUGGCGCGGCUGCUGCAGCUGCUGCACUCGGUCCCGCUGCGCCGCGGCACACCGCUGACACUGCUGCAGGCCGCCGACAUGCGCCGCCGCGUCGUGGACGACCUCCGGGCCCCAGCAGCCGCAGCCGCAGCCGCAACAGAAGUAGGAGCAGGGGCAGCGACAACAGAAGUAGUAGCAGCAACAGAAGUAGCAGAAAGGGCUGCAGCAACAGAAGUAGUAGCAGCAGGAGCAUCGGUGCGGGCGUCAGCGCCGUCGGCGGCACCUGCUGUCGAGAGUGCGGUCGGAGGCAGCGGCGGCCAUGGGGCCCCGACGCAGCAGCCGCACCGGGGGGUGCCGCAGCCGCUGCCGGUGUCGCAGCUGGGGAACGUGCUGGGCACGGCACGUGUGGACGGAUUGCGGGCGUCGGAGCAGAGCCUGGGGUGGGCGGCGGGGCUGCUGCGGCACUCCCUUACCAGGUAUGCCCCGGCGCAGUACCGCCGCAAGCUGUACGACGACGUACAGCUGGUGGCCGCACAUGGCGGGCGCGGCCUGAUGUACGAAUUCGUACUGGAGCGCCGGCUGCAGUACAACCUGACGGCGGUGGAGGGACCAGUGCUGGUGUCGUGCUGGGAGGUGGAGUACGAGCUGUGGCGGUUCGGUGGCCAGCGGCCGCGGGUGUUCCGAGGCCUGGGCGACAGCAGCACAAGCACCGCCAUUGUGGUGUCCUGCCCGCCGCCGCACCCUGAUGGCGACACCGCGGGCGGCGCCGACAAGAUCAGCAGCAGCAGCAGCAGCAGCAGCAGCAGCAGCAGCGACAGCAAGGGUGCUGGAGGAGGUGGAGGAGGAGAUGGAGGAGGCGGCAGGGGCGGUGGCGGUGGCGGGGGGCUGGAUGUGGCGCUGACGCUGCACCGGGCCGUGUGGGUGCAGCUGGAUGCGCGGUGGCCGCCGGGUGCGGAUGGCGGCGGCGGGCUGGCGGCGGCGUUUUGAAUGGGGCGCAAGUAAGCACGGAGAGGUUUUCGGAGGACGCAGUAAUCGUGGUGGUACGGUUGUUGACGCGUGGUGGUAUGGCUGCGGGUGUGGGUGUGCGCCCUGGACGCCGUGUUCUACUAAUAGGGAUUGGGGGGAAAGGACUCAUCGCACCCGGAUUUCCACAUCAAGGUGUGCGAUGCUCUGGAGUCCGA